GUUUUAUUACUACGACAGCCGUUACAAGAAUAAGGGUGUAAGGAUGCCCCAAGGUCUGCAUUCUUCAGAGACACCCUAUCCCUGACUUACACCCCUUCCCUCACCUACACCACAAUCACCCCAUCUCUUACCUACACCGCCUUGUUCCUCAAACAAGAGACAGACAGGUGGGACGCUCGGAGCAACCGUAUCGUUCAGGUUACCAGGGAGAUUGCAGACCAGAUCUACCACAUGGCCCAGUACCUGAGGAGGAAAGGGCCCAUACUGAGCAAAGAGAUGUUUGUCAGCACAGCAAAAGGCGUGGUCUCGAAUUGCCAAUACAUCACCCACUUUGUGAAGGUCAUAUCAAACCACUGUCUGGACAAACAGUGUACUGCUGAACUGUCUCUCAGAGUGGAACAGAUUCUCACCAUCACCAACCAACUCACUAUCAUCUCCAGUGUUAAUGCAUUGACCCCUGGAAGCAAGUCUUCAGAUGAGAUCCUUGUGAAGAAUGCCCAGAACCUGCUUCAGAUAGUUCUGCAUGGGGUCAGAGCAGCAGAGACAGCCUGCAUCAAGGGAUUGAAACAGCCGGAGCCCAACUCAGAUGGGGUGGAGGCAGCAGCGCUCUGUUUCCAGUGGAAGAGGAACCUACAAAUGCACCGAGCCCAGCAGAACUGUAACUCAGACACGGAUGAUCUUGGCCUGAGGAGAACCUCCCAGCACAGAGAAUCCCCCAGCCUGGCCCCUCCUAUACACAUACAAAAGCAGGGAUUCAAGUGAACGUGUCAAACCCCAUGGACUGGACACCAGGAACUACUUGUUGCUACCAUGUAAACAUAUGGAUCAUGUCCACGGGACACACAACUUUGGGGAAAUGUAAUGAAAUAAGUGUCAGCACUUUGUUCCUAUGACAACAGUUUUGUGACCACAUUUCAUAAAAUACUAGAUAUGUUAGCAAGCACAUGAUGUGCAAUGCAUUACACUUCACAUAAAUGUUUGGCUGUAAAGGCUAUUUUGAAAAUAAUACCAAAAAGUUUAAUAUCAAGAAAUGUGUAUUUGAAAUAUUUUGGACAUCAGAGCAAUCUUGAGGGAAUCGUAUUUGUGUCAGAAAAGGAUGUUCAUAUGAUAGGUAAGAUAUACAAAACCUUGCAGAGAGCCUAUCCAACUGACAAUCUCUGACAAAAAAUAUAUAAACUAUUGGAACCAAGACUUAAAAAUAACUGCUAUUGGUAUAAGAUUGAGGGAAUGUUGGAACAUAACUAACAAAAUUACAGUUAACAAAAAUGUACGCUUAAUCCAGUAUAAACUAAUGUUUUUAAUUUAUUACACGAGACAAAAUUCACAAAUUCUACAGCACAAUGGCAGAGUCAUGUCUUAAGUGUAAAAUGAACAAUGACUCAAUAAUCCAUGCCUUCUGGCAAUGCUAGUCCCAAAGUUAUUGGCCGAGUUAGAAAGUUGUCUGUCAGAAGUAUUACAAUGUAAAUGUACUUUUAAUCCAUCUGUCUGCAUAUUUCAAGACAUGGCAUAUGAGGGUGCAGUGAGAUACCCGAUGGGUUGGACAAUAUUUUUCUCGUCAAUUAUCUUGAAAAAAACGUAUACUUACAAACUGGAAAUCAACCAAUCCUCCAUCGUUAACACAACGGAAAAGUAAAAUCCUUUAUUAUCUAAAUGUUGAAAGUGCGUGGGUGAUGGAGAGAAACAAAAUGAUGCAGUUUGAGGCCAUUUGGUCUGGCGGAGAGUGUUGCUGGAGAUGGGGGUGUGAGAGGGUGGGUCUAGGCAGGGGUGAUGUUGUGGAUGCUUGUGUCUGUAUAUUGUUGUUUGCAUAUGGAUGUUAUGUAUUGAAAAAAAAAAAGGAAUA